AUGCCCGCUCAACUGUUUACACGCGGGUCGCCACGCCUGACACUCGCGGCAGCGCUCGCUAAGCGGCCCGGUGUGUUGGCGGUGCGUGUCAACCACCGCCGAAACAUCGUGGCUGCGGACGCGUCGACGCCGACGUGUUUGUCGGAGCUCCUCGCUAUCAGGGAGCUCGGCGGCGUCCCUGUCACUGUCAGGGAGCCCGCGGAUCGUCGCUCCAGCACCGGCUUCGUCUACGGCGUGGACGGUGACCUGACGAACGCGGAGCUGCUCGCGGGCAUCACAUCGGCGGUCCCAGUGCUCUCGGCAACGAGGGAGGGAGCCUCGGUGAAGCUACGAUUCGCCGAUCCGCUCCCACCUGAACGAGUCGUGCUGCUUGGCCUGCAGUUGCGUGUGCGACCCGUGAGACCGCGACCACGCCAGUGCCAGCAGUGCGGCCGCUUCGGCCACGUUGCCGAGGCAUGUCAGCGCAAGGGAGCGUGCAUCCGCUGCGGCCGCCAACACCUGCAGGCGGAGAGCUGCAAGCCCCGCUGCAUCAACUGCGGCGGGGCCCAUGCAGCUGACACCCCCACCUGUCCUCGCUGGCAAGAGGAAAGGAGAGUGGCCACGUUCAUGGCCGUCUCUCCAGCGCCGCUCUCGAGAAGGGCGGUCAAGGCCGCAGUACGUGAGGAGUCCCGUGAGGGCAACACCAUGGAUCCCGGCCUGCAGCGCCCUUCUCCUGCGCCGCGCCGAUCCCUCCUGCCAACGGCGAGCUCCCCCAGGUCGAGCCUGCCUGCUGCUCCACCCGCUGCGCCUGCAGAGGACCCGCGGGACACCCUCAUCACAAACCUGCUGGCCGCCCUGCAGGCUGUGAUACAAUUCCUUCCAGAGGAGCACCCGCUGCGAGCCACCUGCCUCCAGGCGAUCGGCGCGCGGCCCGGUGCCCCCAGGAGCGAGUAG